GAGGUUCAAAGCUACAUAACAUGAAUGCAACACAAAAAAACUCGCAUCCUCAAAUUUAAAACCUUUCUCUCUCUUUCUCUGUCUCCACUCGUGCACUCGUCAAGAUAAGAAUGACGGGCCAAGUGUUGCUCACCAAGGGCCGCCGAUGCGCCGAGGAGGACCAGAACCCGGCGUCGCCCGUGGCGCUUCUUCUGGCGGCGCUCAGGAAAUCCAUGGUGGCCUGCAGCGUCGACAGUCCCGACGAUGUAAUCUCCGCCGUUCAUCAUCCCAUGGAGAUCGGAUGGCCCACAAACGUUAAGCAUGUCAGUCAUGUCACCUUCGAUCGCUUCAAUGGCUUCCUCGGUCUCCCCCUUGAGUUAGAAGUUCAUGUCCCCGCUCCGGUUCCUAGUGCUAGUGUUAGUGUGUUUGGCGUCUCAGCAGAAUCAAUGCAGUGUUCCUAUGAUUCAAAAGGGAACAGUGUCCCCACUAUUCUAUUGCUAAUGCAGGAGCGAUUAUACUCACAGGGAGGCUUAAAGGCUGAAGGGAUAUUUCGCAUAAAUCCAGAAAACAGUCAAGAAGAGCAUUUGAGGGAGCAGUUGAAUAGUGGCAUUGUGCCAGAUGACAUUGAUGUCCAUUGUUUGGCUGGCCUAAUCAAGGCAUGGUUCAGAGAACUUCCUUCAGGAGUGCUAGACGGACUUUCCCCCGAGCAAGUUCUUGAGUGCAAUACAGAAGAAGAAUCUGUCCAGCUUGUGAAGCAACUAAAGCCAACUGAAUCAGCCUUGCUCAACUGGGCUAUUGAUCUUAUGGCUGAUGUUGUAGAAGAAGAGGAUCAUAACAAAAUGGAUGCAAGAAACAUUGCAAUGGUUUUUGCUCCAAAUAUGACUCAGAUGUCUGAUCCACUAACUGCUCUCAUGCAUGCUGUCCAAGUGAUGAAUUUACUGAAGACCCUAAUACUGAAGACACUUAGAGAACGUGAAGAAACAGCAGCAGCAGGAUAUUCUCCCAUGUCAUCUCGUUCAUCUGAAAGCCAAUCUGAGGAUGACUAUGGUAGUCAGCAAGAAAUGGAUACCAGUGAUGAAUUGAGAGGGACCAAGUCAGAUGAUGAUGAUGAUGUUAGCUACAGUCAUGUCAGUGAAGAGGAAGGGGAGGCUAAUGCAUCAGUAAGUGAGAUAGUGGAAUGCUUCUUGAAGCGUUUGGAUGAGAAAACAAAAAGAUUCUCAGAAGAACCUGCAGGGUGUUUGCAAGAGAAGUUAGAGAGCCCCAAGAGUUGCUCUGACUAUAACUUGGAAUCUGCUUUAUCAUUUACUGAUAUCAAAACUGUGAAUUCUUGCUCUAGUCCCUCUUAUGAAGAUGACUCAAGAACAACUCUGACUGCUGAGGAAUCAAAUGCUGACACAAGUAGUCCAUCAAUAGAAAGUGCUAGCACCAAUGAUGUGGAGAUGGUUGAUAAAUUUACAGAUUCUGUUUCUCUAGUUCCAUUGUUUGCAUCUAGUUAAUAACUGAGUGUAUUCUAAGCAGUUUUUAAGUACCUUGUUUUAGAUUUUGUCCCUACAAGCAGGGUUGCUUGUGUAAAUUAAUUAGUACACGGUGUAGGAAGUGUUUGUUUGUUGUAGAUUGUGGGCAGAGGUUAUGUUCAGUUUAGGGCUGAAUUUGACCUGAUUCUGUAUGUUCCAGUACUGGACAAUUCUAAUUUCUAAAUAUGGUAGAUGAUGGGAUGGGUAUCUCAGGAGUAGCUACGUGUAUUUUCAAAUUUCACAUAGGUGGACUUUGUAUGCAUUGAUGAAUUCUUAGGGAAUAGGGAGAUUGGUUUAACAUGAAAUGGUGCUUGCUUUGUUUGUA